AUGGGGCAUAGCCUACAGCUUGAGCAUGUAUUUCUUGGAUAUUUAGUUCAAUUACUAUGUUCGGUCAUCGGACAAAUCGUCCCUGUGGAAGUUCAAAGUGGUUCCCUUAGCUGGCAUCUGGCUCUUAGCACCAUCAGCGACCUUGUGCCCAAGCUAUUCUACUGGUGUCUUUGUGGGCAAGAAGGCCAUGCCAACGCAUGCAUCUUGGUAUACUUCCGUCAUAAGUUGCUGAUGCUAACAAUAAGGCUCAGCAUCCUAGAUGAUUCCCAGUGCAAUUUUAGUUCAUGGUUGGAGCUUCUCCAUAGUUACUUUCAUGAAUUCUUGUGGGACCUAACUGCUGAGGUUCAUAAUCUUAGUACCAAUAGCCUUGAGGACUCUCCUUUUGCAUCUGUUGUGCCUAAUAAAAAGAUGCAUGUUUUAGGCAUCCCAGAUAUACAGAGGCAGGCUACAUACCUUUUCUUGAGGUGUUGUUUCGGUUUGUUCAACCUACAGGGACGAAUUGACAAACAAUGCAAUUGUGUGGCUCCAAAGUCAGGUUCGAAUUUAGUUUUAAACUGUUGCAAUCAUAAGAAAGGUCUGAAAGAUCUUAGUCAGUGGCUUAAAAGGAAUGUUGCAGCUGAGAAUCUACGCCAUAACAAGGAAUAUUUGGGAAAGUACAUCGGCUUUGCCUCAUCCCUCCUGCAAUUAUACAUGCAUGAGGAUGAUUUACUAUUCAAAGUGCUAUUGCAAAUGCUUAAGUUACCGCUAAAUGGGACCCUAGAAUCUUGCGAAGAAAGGAUAUUUCCAGAUAUCGAGGAACAUUUUCUCCUUCACGUCUCAAAUGUUUUUAAUCCCAUAAUAAUCUUCCAUGUAUUUCUUGCAGAGAUACACUAUGAUCACCAAGUGCUUCUUGAUUAUCUUAUAUCCAAAGACGCUGGAAUUAGUUGCGCUCAGUAUCUUUUGAGGUGCCUCCGAAUAAUAUUGGAUAAAUUUGAGGCAUUCCUAGAAUUUCAAGUAGAUGAUCUUACAGAAGAGCCAUCUUCCAAGAGGAGGAAACCUUCAAUGCAGGGCAGAAAUGAGCUGGUAGAUAACCAGAAGAUAAGAGGGCAGCCAUUUGCGGAAGCUAAAUGGUGUCUCCUUUCCUUAAAAGAUUCACUUGAAAGUCUCAAUCAAAAGAAUUUAUUUCCAUAUAAUCCUAAAGCGCUUCUGAAACGUCUAAUGGAAUUUCAAGAAUUAUGCUACCAGCAGCAAAAGUGUACUUUCUGAAAAUUGUACCGUGCACUCCAGCGG